ACAACGCCGCGGUUCUCGAAACCCUAGCAAAAGUCAUUUCUUAUCUUCUCGACUUAUCUAAGAUGGAAGGAUCCGGGAUCGAAGGGCUGACCUUGCAAGACAGUCGUACUGUUCCAGUCGAAUCAGAACAACAACGUACUUUGGACGGGGAUACGGAUAAGUUCGUUGAGAGUAUGAAGUCCUUGUUUGAUUACCAGGAGAGCCAGAUUAGGAUCAGUGUUGAGGGGUUCAACACAUCUGCUGAUCCUGUUGAGCUCUACACUUCUUUGCAAGAUCUCUUCAAAACCUGCGGAGAAGUGGACCACAUCGAGUUCAAGAUAGAUCGUGUGAGAAAACAGGUCAUCAGUCCUUGGGUUGUUGUCCUUCGCGGAGAAGGGGCCAAAGAGAAAGCUUCACUUCUUGACGGAAGUGAAGUUGGAGGAAGGAAGCUGACUGUUUCUCCAGUUGAGGAGCACACCGAUGGGUUGAGCACAUCGGUUCGAGCUGCUAGAUAUGUGGCUGACUUCCAAAGGAAAAGGAGCCAAGCCAUAUCCGUUACUGGAUAUGACCUUUCUCUUCCUCAAGACGACCUCAAGAGUGCUUUGAGGAAGCACUUCGCUUCGUGUGGUGAAAUCACGGACAUCCUCGUCCUCUACAGCCGUGCCCUCGUCCACCUGUAUGGGUUAGGCUCCGUGCACCGAGCUGUCCAGUUGAAUGGAACCGACCUCGGAGGCGGCUUCAAGUUGACCGUCCAAGCCGUGCCCUAUUCGAAGCCUGAAGAAGCCUCUGGGACUAGCCAUGACGUGAUAACUGUUACUUGAUAUUCAAGUUGUGGUAGAUUUGAAAAUUUAUUUAAAACCCGUUAUAAAAAAACGAAUGUGUGU